UGGAGCCACUGCUUUAAUGGGACUAAAGGAUAAUCGAUUAUGAUAUGGAUGACUGACUGAGGAGUGGCGGAUUGAUUGGUGGAUGGAGUACAGUAGGAGGCCAAAUAAAUGAACACCUUGCGUUGCAGGAAGAGGUCAAACGUUAUAUCUAGCUUCUACGGAAACUGUGAAGGAAAACAAUCCUGAAAGACACAAAUUUCUCUUUUGAAUUCUUGUGACAAGUUGAAGAGAGGACAAGCUGUUCUUAUCCUUUGCUUCAUUAAAAAAAGUCUGAAGAAAUGGGUUCAACGAGCGCUCCAAGAGGGUGUGGCUCCAACAUCAGCUCCAUAUACUACAACCUUUGUGACCUGACGGUGCUGUGGGGUGUCGUGGUUGAAGCCGUAGCAGCUGCUGGUGUGGUGACCUCCUUCAUUCUGUUUAUCAUUCUCAUGGCCUCGUUACCAUUUGUGACGGACAAGAAGAGGAAGGGUAUGGUGGCUCUACAGGCCAGCAUUUUGGUCUUCACAUUGGGACUUUUUGGCCUCACCUUUGCCUUUAUUGUGGGGCAGCACUCUACAAGCUGUGCUGCUCGUAGGUUUUUAUUUGGAGUACUGUUCUCAGGUUGCCUAGCCUGCUUGGUGAUGCACGGGUUGUGGCUUGCCCUGCUGAAACAAAGUGGUCGUGGGCCAAGAAGCUGGUUGUUAUGGGUGGGAGCUCUGGGUCUCUGGCUUGUUGAAGUGAUCAUCAACAUUGAAUGGCUUGUCCUCACUAUGGUCUGGAGCCCACCUGGUAAAAUAGAUCUCCCUGACCUCUCCUGCAGCAUUGCCAACAAGGACUUUGUAUUGGGCCUCAUUUAUGUAAUGGUUCUUAUGGUUGGUGUAGUGCUUCUUGCUUCUCCCUCUCUAUCACACAAACACAAGCAGUGGCGCCGAGAUGGUGCUUUCAUCUUGGUUACAGGACUCUGCACUAUAGCAAUCUGGGUAUCCUGGAUUACCAUGUACAUCUAUGGAAACAGAGUGGCUGGUAAUCCCAGCUGGGAUGAUCCAACGUUGGCUGUAACUGUCGCCUCAAAUGCUUGGGUCUUCCUCUUCUUCUACAUAAUUCCAGAAAUAUGCCUACUAACACAAGGAGACCCAGACCUGGAAGAACCCAACGAUGGAGAGCAUAUUUAUCCUGCAAGGAGCCUCGCAUACGAUACCAUCCUCAAGGAGCUAGAGGCAGCGCCCCAGAACCUGUAUAUAGAGAAUAAAGCUUUCAAUAUGGACGAAUCACCAGCAGACCCCCCUAGGCCAGUGUCUCCGUAUGGCAUCUACAAUGGCCAGCCUCGAAGCUGUGUGUACCAGCCAACAGAAAUAGCCCUUAUAACCAAAGGUCUAACAAUGAUGAACCAAGGCCUGAUGAUACCUCGGGCCAGAGUCUCGUCUUUGAACCCAGGGAGCGGGAGGAGCUCCUUGUCUCACUCAGUCGAGUCUUUGGCUUCCCAGGGACUUUCAUAGAUUUUGUGCUUUCUUUGUUUCUCUUCUGAAGAUGCUUUAACAUUCUAACAAGACAGAUCAUGAAUAGAUCCUGUUAUAGGGUUUCUCAUCAACGUACCAUAGUAUUGCUUUCUGUGCACCAGUAUAAUCUUGUGGCACUUACAGUGAAGAAUGUCCAUUUAUUGCUGGAUGAAACAAAUAUUUACAUAGGAAAAUACAGUCCCUUUUGAAGCCUAAUAUAUUCCAUCCGCUGUGAACUGUAUUAGAAAAUGUAGAAUGUAACCUCUAGCCUCACUUACAGUGGAUUUUACCUACUGUGCUACGAAUUCAACUCUUUCCCGCUGUGCCUUACUUUCAAAUCAAAACUUUCAAGCAAAACAAAGACUUUAAUGCUUUUAGAUCAAGCUCUAAUAUGUAUGUACUGUAAAAAUGUUGGAUAUUAGUUUAAAAAAAUGAUAAAAAUUAAAAUCAUAAGCAAAAAGUAAUGCUUUUAGUCUUGAGCUUAUAUAGAACUUUAGACAACUUUCAGUGUAACAAAAAAGACCAUUAGAUAAUCUUUUUAUUUUUAUUUAUUUAGCUAUACAGUUAAACAUUGCAAAGUCAUGCUCAGAUGAUAAGACGCAAGAAAGAUGGUAAAACUUAUAGAGCUUAUAGUGCCUCCCUUAAAUAUAUGAUUCGCCUAUUCAUUUUUAUGAUAAAUUACCCCAAAACACCAAAACAUUACUAAAGGAUCAGCAUGUUAGGAUAUUAUUCAAAUACUUCACAAUAAAAAUAAGCACAAAAAAAAAUAGAAAGCGUUGAAUAAAUUAUAAUAGAAACAACAUUGUGUGAUACUAGGGGAUGAUCUUUCUGUUUGGUUACUGCACUGAAUGCAGAAUACAUUUACAUGUCCUGAUAAGUUUUAUCUGUGGCUACAGCUGCUGUCCCACUUUGUUGUUGACCUACAAUGCUUAGAGAGGUGUGUCAACCCUACUAAAACAUUUAAACUCGUACUAGAAUAAUAAGUGCAUUCUUUUACUGAGUUAGAGCUGUAUG